AGUUGGAAAAAGCCUUUUCACAACUGGAAAAAUAUUUUAAUUCCUUCUGACUUGAAAAUCAACUUCAAGCUUCACAUGGAUCACCACAGCAGUGACGAGGACGCAGACACUGACUUUGACACCCAGCUCAUCAUCCAACAGAGUCUGCUGGAUAGUUACAAGCCAGGAAUAACUCGGCACACUCCAGAAGAGGAGAGGGAAUGUCUAUCCCAUUCCUUCUCAAGUGAUGAUUAUAAGAAGAUAGUUGAAGCAAUCGAGACAGGUAAGGAAGACACAUUGGCACACUUUGCCAAGUACCAUCCUGCCUUUGAUGAAGGCAACGGGAAUGGCUGGCUUCCUCUCCAUAAGGCAGCCGUGCAGUUAAACAAGAACAUCUUAGAAAUUACCCUGGACGCUUCCAAACCCAGUACGUGGGAACGAACCACCCGUAACGGUGAAACACCACUUUUUUUGGCUGUCAGCAGUAGCCUUCUGGAAAAUGCCCAUUUUCUCCUUCUCAAUGGCUGCAAUCCAAAUGCUAAGGAUUUUGAAGGCAAUUCUCCUCUUUUUACAGCGGUUCUGAAGGAUUCCUACGACAUGGCCACCCUGCUGAUCAGCCACGGAGCGGAUGUCAAUCUUCGAUGUGCCAAUGAGAGAACAGCUCUCCAUGAAGCUGCCAAGCUCGGCAGACAGGACACGGUAAAGCUGAUGCUGAGCUCGGGAGCAUACCCGGAUGCACGGAGCUCCUACGGGUUCACGCCUCUUGCCCUCGCUGCUCAAGGCGGACACACUGAGAUCAUGCAACUACUACUGCAGAAAGGGGCUGAUGUUCACAGUCAGGCCUCUGACUCUUCCUCCAUUUUACUUGAAGCUGUUAGAGGAGGGAAUCCAGAAUCUGUGAGUCUCUUGCUAGAGUAUGGAGCUGACGCCAACAUUCCUAAAAGUUCAGGCCACCUGCCCAUCCAUGUGGCAGCUGACAAAGGCCACUUUUUAGCUCUAAAGGUAUUGAUUCCAGUCACGGACAUUGCAGCCAUCAAGAAGAGUGGGAUCAGCCCAGUUCACUGUGCAGCAGCAGGGGCGCACCCCCAGUGCCUGGAGCUUCUCAUUCGAGCUGGAUUUGAUGUGAAUUUCAUGCUGGAUCAGAGAAUCCGUAAACAUUAUGACGAUCAAAGGAAGUCAGCCUUGUAUUUUGCUGUAUCAAAUGGUGACCUCUCUUCAGUUAAGCUGCUUCUGAGUGCUGGAGCUCUACCCAAUCAAGACCCAGUCAACUGCCUACAGAUAGCUCUCAGGAUGGGCAACUAUGAGCUCAUAAGUCUAUUACUGAGGCAUGGGGCCAACGUCAAUUACUUCUGCCGAGUUAACCCUUUGCAUUUCCCAUCAGCACUGCAGUAUACAUUGAAAGACGAAGUCAUGCUCAGGAUGCUCUUGAAUUAUGGCUAUGACACCGAACGAUGUUUUGAUUGUCCUCAUGGGGAAAGGGUUCAUCGUUUGUGUACUUUUGAAGGCUGGACAUCUACAGUUAUUAAAGAUACUAUGUUUUGUGAAGUCAUAACUUUGUCAUGGCUACAGCAUCUCUCUGGAAAAGUUGUUCGUGUGAUGCUUGAUUAUGUUGAUCAAGUUCAAAUCUGUUCAAAAUUGAAAGCUGUGCUGGAAAAGCAAAAGCUCUGGCCAGAAAUACAUGUUAUCUUGAGCAACCCCCGUUCUCUACAGCAUUUGUGCCGCCUUAAGAUUCGGAAGUGCAUGGGACGGUUACGUCUGCGCUGCCCUGUCUUCAUGUCGUUUCUUCCACUGCCCAAUCUCUUAAAAGCUUACGUCCUUUACAAGGAAUAUGACCUGUUUGGACAAGAAAAUUCUACAGGAAUAUGGUGA